AUGACCCUGCAGAGGGCACGUCUGAAGGCCGAGGAGAAGACUCUUGACUUUGAGUUUGAGGUGAUGAAUGUGCAGUUCAAUGAAAAGGGCCGAUAUGCCCUGAGACUGACAGUGGAAAAUCCACUGCUGGAGGGGUCCGGGUCUGGGGUGCGCCUGCAGGUGAAUGAGGGAGAUGUCCUCUAUACCAGCUCGGGGACCACUGACAUCAUUGAGCAAAGCAACCUCAGCGAGAUCUACGCCUUUGAGAGGAGGAGGUUCCUCUUCACCUUGCCUAAAGGAUUCUGCAAGAAUGACAAGAACCAUGAUGUGCGCCUCCGGAUCGAGGCCCUGCGACUCUGUGGGCCCUCACUGAAAAGCAGCCUCCGGGCCGGGGAAGCCUUCUUUGCCAUCUACCCUCGCACCAACCAGCCAAGGAUGAACCUCUUCGCCAGGAAAGAUGAGGACCUGUACCGCUACAGCAACAUCAUGGCACUGCUGCGGGUGGGCGAGGACGAGCUGGCAAUGCAUUGUGGGAGGCUGGCCUACGCCGUGUCCUUCCGUGAGCACUGUCUGCCUGCGAGGAAGGAGACUUCAGUGUCUUCCCACCAGCUUUCACCCUGGCUGUCUGCAAGGGAGGAUGGGGAACAAGAUGGGGUGCAUACCCAAAGAGUGCCCUUCCCAGUGCCCCUCCAGUCUCUGGAUGGCCCCCAUCACAGCUGCCCCCAUUCUAAUCCAGAAGCAUUGACAUCAUCUGCUUAUCAUUCGCCGUCCAUCAAGCCCUGCACCCUCUCUGCUGAGCAGGUGACUGAGCUACCUGGUGAGCCUGACCAAAGAGCCUUCCCAGAGCUAAGGAAUGACUCUGCAGAUGAAGUGCACUCCUCCUUCUCUCCCCCUUCCUCACCAGCUGUGCCAAGGGGAUUGCUGAGCAGUGCCAGUUUCCACCUCUCUUCACCAGGACACAGCCCCGAGCUGGGAUCCCAGGAUCCCUUCACUGGGUUGCAGAGAAACCAACAGUUCCUUUUCACUGGCACUAGCGAAGCUGGAGGCUUUAUGGGCCAGAUCCUGUGA